CAAUUUAUUUUUCUCAGUCAUCAUGUGUGUCAGAUUAAAGUAGAUUUAGUGGUAAAAGGAUGAUCUCUCCUAUAUAUGAAAUGCAUGCGUCACCGGGAGAGUGAGCGGUAGAGCGAGUUGGUGGGGUGGGGUGGGGGGGGGCUGACGUGCAGGCUGCUGUGUCCAGCUGCACCGUGCAACAUUAAGUCGGAUCAGCUCCAUCAUCACCACCACCAUCAUCAGUCAGCAUGUACAAAAUCACGUGACCGCCUCCUGUCCUGACAGCCGGGUGGCACCACCGCCAUCACCUCUCUCUUCGCGGUCCGGUCCUCCAUCCUCCCAUAAGGAAUUUAUGAGCAGUGCUCGGCGGUUCACCUUGCAGCAGAACGCAUGAAAGGUCAAUGGAUCACACAAGGCAGAAACCACCCACAGCACUCUCACGUGUGCAACCCGGACCCUGUGGGCAAACCACACCAGGUCCAGGUCCGCCUCGACGACCACCAGUCAUUGGACAAUCAGCGUCUGUGCAAGACAACCACCCUGCACUAAACCCUCCUGCGGCGAGAGACCAAAUGCAAAUCAAGUCCGGUUCAGCCCCCGUGGCGCUGACCAACAUAAGUCGACCGAGACCCACAGCCCUCGGGACUAAACCUGUUCCCAGACCCACCGGGAUCCCUCCCAAGGAUAUAGAUUUGAUGCCAGUCUGCAUCCCGGGACCUCAGAGUGCCAACAUGCUGCCUCGUUCCCCGACGGAGUCCUCGGUGUCUCCUCACAAUCCACAAGCCUCCCUGAUCCCCAAAUCAAGUCUCAAUCCUCCACCUCCUGCCAGUACAAUACAAGGGCAGAGCGACAAGACUGCUGGUGAUCACAAUGACUUCAGGGUCCACAUCGCCACAUGGAACGUGGGCUCAGCCGUCCCACCGGAUGAUGUCAGCGCUCUGUUUGAGCCCAAUGUGGCGGAUGGGAGCGUUGACAUGUUUGUCAUUGGGCUCCAAGAGGUGAAUUCCAUGAUCAACAAGCGGCUGAAGGAUGCUCUUUUCUCAGACCAGUGGAGUGAGCUCUGCAUGGACACGCUCAGUCCCUUUGGAUAUGUCCUGGUGGCAUCGCAGCGGAUGCAGGGCGUGCUGCUGCUGGUCUUCUCCAAAUUUGUCCAUCUUCCAUUCCUCCGAGGCGUACAGACACAGAGCACUCGUACAGGACUCGGCGGGUGUUGGGGGAACAAAGGUGGCGUUAGCGUACGGAUGACCGUGUUUGGACAUCCCGUGUGCUUCCUCAACUGUCACUUGCCCGCUCACAUGAGGAACUUGGAGCAGAGGAUGGAGGACUUUGAGAGCAUCCUGCAGCAGCAGCAGUUCGAAGGAGGGGCUGCCACCGGGGUUCUGGAUCACGACGUUGUGUUUUGGUUUGGAGAUCUAAAUUUCCGAAUUGAGGAUUACGACAUCCAUGUGGUGAAAUGUGCAAUUGACAGCAAUAAGCUCCCUCUACUGUGGGAGCGAGAUCAGCUCAACAUGGCCAAAAGCACAGAAUCCAUCCUGGAAGGCUUCCUGGAGGGUCCGCUCAAAUUCCCGCCUACGUAUAAGUUUGAUGUGGGCACACACACCUAUGACACAAGCGCUAAAAAGAGGAAGCCCGCAUGGACCGAUCGUAUCCUCUGGCGCCUCCGCCGCACCGGCUCCCCCGUUCCUACCCACAAUGCAGCACUUCAGAGGGGUCUGACCUCCUGGCUGGGCGGCGCAACCAAAGUGACGCAGCACGCUUACAAGAGUCACAUGGCCUUCACCAUCAGUGAUCACAAGCCAGUGUCGGCCAUGUUUUCCUUGCAGUUCCCAUUCAGGGUGGACAUGCCUCUGGUGGAGAUGCAGGCCAACAAGGAAUGGUUCAAAGUCUCCGAUGCCAGCGUCAAGUUCACUUUUGCAUCCAGCUAUCAUCGCAGCUCUUGGGACUGGGUCGCAAUAUAUAAGGUUGGAUUCAGACACUACAAAGAUUACCAAGCGUAUGUGUGGGCCAAGGGGGAGCAUUCAGGGCAGGUGGGCCACAUUUUGAUAUUCAUAUUUCUGGGAUCAGGGAUCAUUUCUGUCCCCAACCCCCGCCCCCACCCUUUUUUCCAGGUGUCUUUUUCAGAGGAGGAUUUGCCAAGAGAUGAUUGCGAAUACAUCCUUGGCUUCUACAGUAAUAAUAUGAACAGCAUUGUUGGAUUAUCGACAAACAUCCAGAUCAAGCUUCCAAUCCACAGCCCAUCAGCACACCGCUCCGACAGCUCUGAGAUAAGCUCGGAAGACGACAGCACCUUAGUCUUGCUGGCUCCAAAUUCCCGCAGCCCGAGCCCCAAACCCUUGAAGCAUCAUCACUGCCGCCACCGUCGCAGCCGCAGCCCCGCCGUCCCGGCUCUCUCGUCCAAUCCCCUCCCUUCCCUGCAAGGUCUCAGCCUGUGUCCCCUACCCAAAGAGACAGGUAGCCGUUCACCCGGUACCACCUCUAAAAAGGAACGACUGUUUUCCACUGGGUCUCUGUCAUCUCCGUCCGUCAGCCCUCUCAGUCCCCGGAGCCCCCUGUCUCCGGGUGGCGGGGUCACGGCACCGGAGGCCCUGAUUGCCGCCAUGUUAGGGGAGCAUAGGCCUGCUCAGGUAAGCCCCACGGAGCUCAAACAGCUUGGACAUGCAGGGAGAAACAAUCCUUCAUAGAGGAGAUGAAGACUGAAGUAUGUUACGUGUGAGCAACCCUGAAAUUCUGUAUUUUCAAAGCAUCUGUGUUUAUCUGGGAGUCACAUCCCUCUGACAACGUGCUUUAAUGUGUAGAAACACACAUUGAAUGUGAAGCUAAACAUGCUGGCAAGGCAAAAUCAAUCCGGUGUAUUUGAUGUGUGUGCUGGAAAACAUGCAUUUGGAAUUAGAAGAGGGUUUCAAAUCGAACCAUCGUCCGUAUUCAUACCAAAUUUAACAUUGAAUGAAUUGAACAACAUCAGCGGUAUAGAAAAUGGAUGACUGGAAUUGCAACUUGGAAAGUAACUAUUAGAUCGGGGGUGGGCAAAGUAUGGCACGCUCACCAAAUGCGGCUUACGCUGCGACUUUCAUCAGGCCCACCAAGCAGUGACAAAAUUUUAGACUACAUCUAACUCUUGGUACAGGUGAUGUCAUGAGAACUUGGUGUAUUUGAUCAAGGUUAGGUACCAUCCCACAAUGGCGCCAACGCCCUAUCAUGCCCAAUUCGACCCCGAUUAGUUUUUUGUGUGUGGUUUCCUUGAAAAAUCAUCUGUUUACAUUCUUCUUGCCUAUCUGCGUUUGCUAAUAAAGACUAAAAAAAA